AUGGCGUCGACUACAACAGCCUUACCAGCAACUGCCCCCCAUCUCCUCAAUCUCAACAACUUCGAGCCCCAGCUCGCCCCUCAAACCACCUUACAAGCUUCUAAAACCAAGCCCGGGCGCAAAGACGUUACCGCAGAUUUCAACUACUACCUUGACCCCGGUGAUGGCAGCGAACCAUCACCAACCUACGUGGGCAAGCCAGAAACAUACUUCCGCCCAGCCGAUACUCGCUCCGCACUCGUCCACGACAUCCGUGGCGAAGAGGACAAGUAUAGCCUCGACACCACCGGGUUCCAGAUCUUCCAUCAUAGCAGCAACGAGACUGCCUUCGAAGACGAUGAACAUAUCAAAGAAGUAUACUAUCCCGAGAUUGAACACAUCUUGAAAACUGCGACCGGUGCAUCUCAAAUCUUCAUUUUCGACCACACCAUCCGCCGCCAACCUGCUGACGCUCGGAACCCGGAUCCUAACCAAACGAAAGCAGCUCAAACCCUCUGCGGUCCCGUGCAACGCGUCCACAUCGACCAAUCCUACACUGCCGCCCCCCAACGCGUAACGCACCACCUGCCCGAGCAAGCCGAGCGCCUCCUAAAAGGCCGCUUCCAAAUCAUCAAUGUCUGGCGGCCCAUCAAAACCAUCCGCAAAGACCCCCUGGGGGUGGCGGACGCGAAUUCUGUGCCUGAUGAGGAUUUGCUACCUGUGAAGCUGAUCUAUCCGGAUAGGGUUGGGGAGACUUUUACGGUGAGGCCCGGGAAGGCGGGAGAGGCGGGAGAGGGGAGGGAACGGGGGCAUAGCUGGUUUUAUUUGAGGGAGCAGACGCCGGGGGAGGUCAUGUUGAUUAAGUGCUUUGAUAGUAAGACGGAUGGGAGGGCGAGGAGGGUGCCGCAUAGUGCGUUUGUGGAUGAGAGUACGGAGCAUGAGGAGCCGAGGGAGAGUAUUGAGGUCAGGGCGUUGGUGUUUCAUCCUGACGAUACGGAGUAA